AUGAUUGUGAUAGACUUGAUUGAAGCUGAAAAUAAGCUUCCAAGUGAGUCACAGAUCAAGUUAAAUGAAGUAAUUAAAUACAUAUUUAAAUCGAAAAAGGCAACGGUAUUGACGGGAGCGGGAAUCUCUUGUAAUGCUGGUAUUCCAGACUUUAGAUCAUCCAAUGGACUAUAUGAAAUGGUUAAAUCGAAAUAUCCAAAGGCGGUUGUGAAGGGUCAGGAUCUCUUUGAUGUUUCUCUCUUCAGAGAUGAGAUGACGUUGUCCUUGUUUUGCACAUUUAUGGAAUCACUCUAUCAAUCUAGUUUGCAAGCCAAACCUACAGAAACACAUAAAUUCAUCAAGCUACUUAAGGAUAAGAACAAACUCUUGAGAUGUUACACCCAGAAUAUCGAUUCCCUAGAGAGUUCCAUAAAUUUGAAUAUGGGCAUAAAUUUAAGUAAAUUCGAUUCAAAUUCAAACUUCUCUAAGAUAUGGAGGAGCCUUGAUGUGGUACAGCUUCAUGGCAACUUACACAAGCUCUCAUGCACUCAAUGUUUUUCAAACUAUGAUUGGAAUAAAAACUAUCAAACUCAACUAAGCAAUGGGAUGAACCCUCAAUGCAAUAAUUGCCAUGCUAAAUACAUAGAGAGAUUAUACCUGGGUAAGAGAAUUACUGGAAAUGGUGGUCUCUUGAGACCUGAUGUUGUAUUAUACGGUGAAAACCAUCCACAAUCUGAAAUACUUUCGCAAGGAUUGAACCUUGACCUUAAGCUGAAGCCUGACCUAUUGAUUAUAAUGGGCACUUCAUUGAAGGUUGAUGGAGUGAAAAAAUUAGCAAAAUCGUUAUGUAACACGAUUCAUAAUAGAGGUGGUAAAGUUAUAUUCAUAAAUAAAACCCCAGUAUCCAAGCAAUGGGAGAAUUUUAUUGAUUAUGAAAUACUAAGUGACUGUGACAACUUUAUUAAAAUAUUGAGACAUGAGAUACCUGACUUAUUUUUGACUCAAGAGCAGCUAGACUCAAAGAAGUUAAAGAAUAACAAACAGAAAACUAUAAAGAAAGAAGUGCAUACUGAGACCCUAACGGCGCCGGAUACACCAAAAAAGAAAAAGCCAUACUUGAAGCGUAAGCCACUGAAACAGGUAAAGCAACCCAUAAAAUGUGAGUUACCGACUCCAUUAUCAAGUUUCACUGAAGAUCAUGAUCAUAUUGACGAUACCGCUGAGCCACUACGAGAUGUUCACAAUUCGAAGCUCAAUGUUGGGAGGCCCAAGCGAAUAAAGCUUGAGGGUGAUGGGCUGGAGAUGCUACUGCCUAAAAGAGCCAAAGUGUAG